CUCUACAGUGAUAGUUUGCAUUCGCAACUGCACGGAUGCGUCUUCUAAAGACUUUGUUUCAUCCAGAUGGAACAACCGAGGUGAAGGUCUCCGUAAACACUUCCGAGGACCUGUGGCAUCUGUACAAUUUUGUGCUCGUUGGCGACGCGGUACGAACCAAAACAAAGCGAAAAAUCACGAAGGAAAGCUCAAUGGGGUCCAACACCUCUGAAAUAAAAGUACUCACAUUGGAAAUACGCGUAAACAAGGUAGAGUUCACACCCGAAGAAAUUCGUGUGCACGGUACGAAUCUAAGCGAGAGUGAACAUGUGAAGCUUGGCGCUCAUCACACCCUUUCAAUCCAGGCUUUGCUUCCGCAGGAGGUUACCAUCAUCAAAAAGGAGUGGGAUACGAUCUGGAAAGAGCGACUGAAUGAUGCCUGCGAUCAGGAAGCUAGCGCGGAUACGGUAGCGCUUCUCUUGAGCUAUGGUGAGGCUCAACUUCUGGUCGUAACUCCUUCCUUUAUCCACGUCAAAACCAAAAUCAAUGUCACUAUUUCUAAAAAGCACAAAAAUGAUGGUACGGCGCGGGAUAAAUCGGUACAAAAGUUUUUCAGGCAAGUUCUGGACGCGUUGUUGGGAAAUGUUGAUUUUGAAAAAAUAAAGCUGCUGCUUUUCUGCUCACCAGGACAUGUUCGAGAGGAGUUUUUGAACUACGUGCGAAAUACAUGCCAACAUUCAGAGCAAGUGAGUAUGAAAACUAUGUUUCGUAAUCUAUCCAAAAUUGUUCUUAUUAAAAUUAAUUCCUGCACAGUUGGUAGUCUACGCGAAGUUUUUAAAGACCCUACUGUAGUCAAGCAGAUGCAGUUAACGCGAUGUGUUAAGGACAUCGCAACCUGGGAUACGUUCCAGGACACCAUAAAUAAGGAUCCGGACCGCUGUGUGUACACUCUUCAACCCGUCUACCACGCCGCGUUGGCUGGCGCGAUAUCCACUCUUAUGAUUAGCGACGCCGUGUUCCGUUCGCCCGAUCCACUGGUUAGGCGCCUUUUCCUCAGUCUCUACCAUUGCGUCCAAACAAGUCGUGCAGCGGAGGUGCGUAUCUUUUCUAGUAACCACGUGACCGGAGAGCAGCUUACACACAUGGGAAAUGUCGCCGCUAUUUUAUUUUUCGCUUGCCCUGAGCUUGAUGACAUCAAAGCGGACGAGAAUUUCAUCCACACUGAAGAAGUAGCUGAGUUCAUUCGGAAAAAUGCCCCCAAUAAAGUGACGGUGUCUUAG